AUGGCCUUCUGGUCUCUCUUGAGUUUGUUCGAAGUGACCGGGGCAUGGGUCAAGGCCUUCUUCCUUCGUUCCGUUACUGUUAUCCAUUCGGCUUGUGGCAUUAUCAUUGGUCCUACUGCCUCUUGGAAGACUCUCUUUGAUAUGGAUCAAGAUGAGAGCAUUCGUCCUGCAUGUACCAUCAGGGCCACAGCAAGCUUUGGAUUUGAUAGUCGUGUGCAGGUUGCCAAUUUCCAGCUACAGCAGUUCGGCAACCACAACCUCUUCCGAGUUGUGCUUGAUGGCGACUUUGUUGUUGAUAAACCACAUGCCAAGGCUCCCAUGAAGGGCGAUGCUACUGCUGGUACCAUCUAUUUUCCAACAGAUGUACCUUGGGAUAUGGAAAUGAAGAAGGUCAAAGCCGAAAACACCAAGAGUCUUCGUGGCAGGAGCUUCAAACUGUUCUUUGGCGAGAACUUGGAUGGUGUGGAGCUCUUGCAGGUCACUUUCAUCUACUUCCAGGAGGAUGCUGAUAACGCCAAGGGGUACAUUGACUGCUUUGAAGCGGUGUUGACGGCCAUGGCGGCUACCAACAACUGCAUCAACCGCAUCAACAGCGACUGA